GCCCCGCCCUUCUUCUUGAAAGCGACAUUUUACUGUCAUCCAGCUGGUGUAUGUAACGUAGAUCAGUGUUUUGUUUACUUUCCUUUACUAUCCAAAGGACAGGGAACGAUUUCCUCUUAUACAUUACUUUUCCAAGUUAACGAAGUAAUAAAAGUGCCCGUUUCGACUGCCAGAGUAUAGCUCGCAGUUGUGAGGAAGCAGGUUGCCAUGAACUGCCGCUCGGAAGUGCUGGAGGUGUCGGUGGAGGGGAGGCAGGUUGACGAGGCCAUGCUGGCCUUGCUGCACACGAUUCUGCUGCACCGCAGCACGGGCAAAUUCCACUACAAGAAGGAGGGCACCUACUCCAUUGGGACCGUGGGCACGCAGGACAUCGACUGCGACUUCAUCGACUUCACCUUCGUACGAGUGUCUUCGGAGGAGCUCGACAGGGCCAUCAGGAAAGCAGUUGGAGAAUUUAAGGAAGCUCUGAGCAACUCUGGCAGUGAUGGGAUGGGUCAGAUUUCUCUGGAGUUCUACCAGAAAAAGAAGUCCCGUUGGCCAUUUUCAGAUGAAUGCAUCCCCUGGGAAGUCUGGAGCAUCAAAGUCAACGUAGUCAACCUGGCUAAUGAGCAAGAGAGGCAGAUCUGCAGAGAGAAAGUGGGCGAGAAACUGGGCGAAAAAGUCAUCAACAUCGUGGAGGUGAUCAGCCGCCAUGAGUACCUGCCUAAGAUGCCCACGCAGUCUGAGGUGGACAAUGUGUUUGACACCAGCCUGAAAGACGUCCAGCCUUAUCUAUACAAGAUCACAUAUCAGAUCACAGACUCUCUUGGCACCUCUGUGAGCACAACUAUGAGAAGGCUCAUCAAAGAUACAUUGGCAUUAUGAGAGAACUAUCAUCAGUCAUCAGGCUCUGAUGACUUAUUUUUGUGUAGCCAUUUAGUGUCACACUGUAGAGGAAAUUUAGAGUAGGGAGCAUCUCUGGUGAUACUGAAACACUAUUUUUCUGGUUCCUCUCCCAAGUUUCUUUCCUGGAUGAAGCGCUGUAUACAGUUUCAGAGGUACCUGUUUGAAAAACAUGGUAUAUUUUGUGACAUACGGAAGUCAUGCUGUUAUUUUACAACUAAAUUACAACAAUUAAUUUGUUUGUGGCAUACAGGAACAGCCUGAGGGAGCCCAAUAACUUAAUGUAAAUAACCUUUUUUUUAUUUCAAAGUAUGAUACUAAAAGUGCUGAAAUGUUAUAUUGAAUUUAAACAUUUAACUUCUGUUGUAUUAUAAUGUUACAUGUGCCACCAUUGCACUAAGAAUUAUGUAUUAUAAAAAUAAGCUUAGUUUCAUUUACAGGGUAAAUAAAAGUGGUUGCUUUAUGAAAUCAUACUAAGAAUUAAUUCAGAUGCAGACCAAUAUUGACUUUGGUAAUGACUGUAGUUACAGAAAGCUUUAUAAGUAACAAAUUGCUUUGCAGUUAAUGUUCCCCAGUUAAAGUUCACAACUCUAGUGAUGGGAUCAAAUUACCUUAAGUUAAACUUGAGUACAAGAAUACUUUUGUGGCUAGACUAUCAUACACUACUGCAUGGUUUCAUACAGAGAUGCAGACUCACUCUUGCAAAAAAACUAAUUAAAAAAGAAAUACAUUGUUAAUAUGACAUAUACAAUUUGUCUUCAGAUUUUCCUUUGAAUUUGUGUAAAUUGUUUUCAUGUAGAGGGUAAUGACGUAUGGGACAUGUAAAAUGUGUGCUUUAAUGAUUUCCAUUUGGUUAGUAUUCCUCAGGGAACCAUCAGUGAAUAUGACAUGCCGAAAUUCACUUCCUGAAUCCAAGCCAAGAAAUUAGUCACUUCUGUUCAAGCUGCUAAAAAAAAAAGCUUAAAAAAUCUUUUUGGCCAUGGCAGCGGCCAUCUGGCCAAAGGUUGGUCUCUAUCCUGUUUAGAACAGCCUUAACUCAAGGCCACUUCAGAAGGUUCA